GUCAGCACUUGAGUUGCCAUGCCUUUUGAAGAAUCUCCAAAGGCUGCGGAACAAGCAGAGGAUGAUAUUCAAGUCCAUGCAGUUCAUGCCGAGAACAGCUCGCAGGUGCAAUUGCUGAAGGACUUGCUUCUACAACAAACGCGACGUUCAGAGCAGUUGGGUAAGCAGGCCGCUGCUCGAGAUUGGGAGCGCUGGGAGCUUCUCCAAUUGCUGCGGCAGAAAGAUGAGCAGUUGGAAUUUGAAGAGACUGCAGCUGCCAAGCAGCGAGUGGUGCUGAACGGUGCCCGUGCGGGCGCACGGCACUACCGCGCCGUGUGCUGCUUGAGGGCAUGGAGAAGCCACGUCCAGCAGCUGUGUGCGGAGAGAGCGUUGCUUCGCGCCAAGAAUAAGCAAGCCGUUGCGCGGCUGCGCCACGCCGGCAGCCUGCUACACAUGGUGCUGAAACAUGUCCUGAAUCGUCAGCUGAAGUCAGGGAUGAACCAGCUCUGGCUUCAUGCCACGGCGAUGCUUGCAGUGCCAGAGGCGCUUGCGGAAAAGAGGAAAGAUGAGUCGGGUUUCUUUACCCCCCGAAGAAACAGCGGCACGCUGCAGAGAAUCGCUUCGCCUUCAUGGGAUGCCAGUCCACUCAUGCGGGUAGCAGCCAGUGAGGUUUCCACCGAGAUCCCAAGCCGCGAUGGCGGUCUUCGCAGCAGCAGCAGCAGUGGAUGGCAGGGUGCCAGUGUAGAUCCUGUCACAAGGCUCUUCAAGCCUGACGCUGUGGCGGCUGCGCGCUUGGUGAUUCAUUUGCAAAGCAUGGUGGCGCAGCGCCUCUUUUGGUCUGUUGGUGAAUGGAAGAGACACCUUGAGGCUCAAGAAGCCUCGCGGUUGGAAGAGCAACAAAGACUGCAGAGCCGCUUCAUUUGGGAGCAGCACGCAGCGGAGCAAGCGGCUCUGCAGGCACAACGCUCUGAGCUGCUGAUCUCGUUGGAAGCGGCGGAGUCUUCCCAGGAGGUGGCUGCGCAGCAAGCAGCCAACAAGGUCAGGAAGUCACUGUUGGAGGCCUGGGGCCGCGACCGCGGUAAGUGGGCGCAGGAGCGGGCCAAGUUGACGGCCGCCGCUGAGCGGGCCGAAGAAGAAGCGAAGUUGGCCCUCCUUGCGGCCCAAAGUGCUGAAGCCGAUGCUCGAUGUGCCAUGGAGGCGGAGAAGGUGGCCAGAGCAAAGCUGCAAGGAGAGGAGAAUGUUUGCACUCAACUGGCAGCUGAGCUGCGAGAGCGCAUCAAGCAGCCCCUGCCUGUCACAGCCAUGAGAGCCUUCCGUGCCGGGGCUGCGGCCCGACUCCCACGCGCAUGCCGCAGCUUUGCGGAGAAGGCUGCGGCAGCAGCGCCCAAGGCCUCUGCGGCCAGUGUUGGCAAAGUCUCCCAGGUGAUCGGUGCAGUGGUGGACGUGCAGUUUGACACGGCGCUGCCGCCCAUUUUGAACGCCCUGGAGGUGCAAGGCUUCGAACAUCGCCUGGUCUUGGAGGUGGCUCAGCACUUGGGCGAGAACAUGGUGAGAACUAUCGCCAUGGAUGGAACUGAUGGCCUCACCCGAGGUCAGCAGGUCGAGGAUACCGGCGCACCCAUCACGGUGCCGGUGGGUGAGCAGACCUUAGGCCGCAUCAUCAACAUCAUCGGUGAGCCCAUCGAUGAGCUGGGGCCCAUCGAGACCAAGAAGUUCUAUGCAAUCCACAGGCCGACUCCCACCUUCACAGAGAUGAACACCACGGCCCAGCAGCUCUUGACCGGAAUCAAAGUGGUGGAUUUGUUGGCGCCCUAUGCCAAGGGAGGAAAGAUUGGUUUGUUCGGAGGCGCAGGUGUCGGCAAGACCGUCGUUAUCAUGGAGCUGAUCCACAACAUUGCGCUCAAGCAUGGUGGCUACAGCGUUUUUGCUGGGGUCGGCGAACGUACCAGAGAAGGAAAUGACCUGUACCAUGAGAUGAUGGCCUCUGGUGUCAUCAAGAAAGACAAAGCGCCUGGCUCCAAGGCUGCUCUGGUGUAUGGCCAGAUGAACGAGCCACCUGGCGCUCGUGCGCGUGUGGCCCUGACGGGCUUGACGGUGGCGGAAUACUUCCGUGACGAAGAGGGUCAGGAUGUGCUACUCUUCGUGGACAACAUUUUCCGCUUCACCCAAGCCGGCUCAGAGGUGUCUGCGUUGUUGGGUCGUAUUCCAAGUGCCGUCGGUUACCAGCCGACCCUGGCGACGGAUUUGGCCUCUCUGCAGGAGCGCAUUACGACCACCCAGAAGGGAUCCAUCACUUCAGUGCAGGCUGUCUAUGUGCCCGCUGAUGACUUGACCGAUCCAGCACCUGCCACCACGUUCGCACACUUGGAUGCAACGACGGUCUUGUCCCGGCAGAUUGCAGAGCUUGGCAUCUACCCUGCUGUGGAUCCUCUGGAUUCAACGUCGCGAAUGCUUGACCCAUCAAUUGUGGGACAACGUCAUUACGACAUUGCCCGAAGCACGCAGAAGAUCCUGCAGGAUUACAAGUCUUUGCAGGACAUCAUCGCCAUUCUGGGCAUGGACGAGCUGUCUGAGGAGGACAAGCUGACGGUGGCGCGUGCCCGCAAGGUGCAACGUUUCUUGUCGCAGCCUUUCUUCGUCGCGGAGAUUUUCACGGGCACCCCUGGAGCCUUUGUGGAUUUGGAAACCACCAUCAAUGACUUCGAGGAGGUCCUAUCCGGCAACUGCGACGACAUCCCGGAGGCCGCCUUCUACAUGAUCGGCGGCAUGUCAGAUGUCAAAGAGAAGGCAACCGUGGUGCAGUUUAAGCUAUGGGGUUUGAAUGGUUUUUAUUGUCAUUGCUGAGGCUGCAAAGCUGGCUGCAGUGGCAGCUGGGAAGUGAGUUGAGAAGCCCUCAGGCCUUGAGGAGGAUAUUAGUUAGCUAGAGGAUCUUAGAGGAAUGGCGACAUGGCAGGAAAUGGCAGAAUCAAUUCCUGAUGAGACUUG